AUGACGCCUUUGGGGCCUAGUCCCACCCUACGUUCUCGAGUGAAACUGCACGACCUUCAUCCAACACUUGGGCCCGCUUUUCUGCAAGAUAAUUUCAAGAUACACCAAGGGCGUGACGAUCUCUCUUAUGGGGAUCGUAUUCAACGAUGGCGUCCGAGUCGUGGAAGGGUGCUGUUUUGCAUAUCGUUGCCUCUAUUUCUACUGCUCGGAUGGAUAUGUCGACCUUACCUUCAUUUCCGGUCUCUAUCAAUACCUCGAACGCCUGUGGAAGCCCAAUAUACGAACGAGACGAUCCUAACAAACGAUGUGCCGCAAACAACGAUCCUCCUACCUACACCGUCUCCUUCUCAACCUAUCGCACAUAAUCCACCGAAUUCAUCAUGGAAACCUCCCAUCAUCGACCGUACAUUCCUCAACCAACUCUCUCCUCCCACACGCGAUUCUCGCUCAGGCUACCAAUGGCCUCCCCUCAUCACCCAAAUUCCCGAGCCGUUCGAUGGCCCAAACCGAUUUCUCUUCCCCGCCCGGAUAUCCGAACAGGAAUCCAAAGCGCGUGUACACUUGGCGCAGAUUAUCCAGCUAUCCAAAGAGCUCAACCGGACUGUCGUGCUUCCGAGAGUGGGGAGGAGCCGUAUGGGGGCUUGUCAUCUGCUGGAUUUUGACACGUACUAUGAUAUCGAGAAGCUCAGGCUCGCUGGCGCUGAUGUGAUUAGUUUGGAAGACUUCCAGCGGGGUACAUCCCGUCAAACUGCGCAGAUUCUCACUCUCGCCUUGAAAGCCAACCCCAACAUGACAUCGACCCCGAUAGUCAUCGAUAAAAUUAAUGUACACCUCGCUCAGAAUGACGUCUCUUCUCUCCCUGAAUGUUUUGGGACACAUUUCAGCACUCUGGAUUUCCGCGGGUUCGACGCUCUAUACCUUAACCCUUCCAAACUCAAAAAACCCAUCUUCAAGGAGUUACUUGGCAUCAUUCAAACGUACCAGGGAGAUCCUGACGUCCUUGUCGUGAAUUAUGAUCUUCGUUACCCGAUAUUCCCCUCUUCUAGCACUCUGCAGCUCGCCUACUCGCCCUCUCUACUCUCACUCGCGUCAAAGCUUGCUCCACCAGAAGAAUACGUCAUGGUCCACUGGCGUAUGGAGUCUGUCCCGCACGAUGCGCUCUCACAAUGUGCAUACGCCCUCAUUGACGCGCUCCAUUCCGUUGACAUUCGCAAAAUUUGGUUCGCCAGUGAUUACCCGUACGCCCUGCGAGGACCUCGUUUAGCCGCCACUCGCAAGUCGAGUACUUUCAAGGAUUUCGGUGAUUGGCAUAAUGAGGCUGUCGACAUAUUACUCGAGGCAUUUGAUGACGGUGGCGACUUGCAUGGGUUUGAAAUCGUGGAGCUGGCGGAGAGAUUAGAAGGCAGCAACCGUUUGAUGACAGAUAGUGGUGUGUUGGGGAUCCUGGAUAAGGUGAUAGGAAUCAAAGCGAGUUUCUUUCUGAGUGCGGCUAAGGGAUGUGGUCGGAGGAGUUCGUUUACGCAACAGAUUAUUGAUGUAAGGAUGGGUGAAUUUGACGAGGUAAAGGAUCAUCAUAAGCUUAGAAAUGUUGUUGAUUAUUUCGGGUAA